AUGAGAUUUUGGCUAAUUCUGCAUGCAUAAUUAACCGCACUCAAGAGAAUUCCAUUUUUAUUACCAGAUGUACUUAUUAAAUCAUUCAUAUAAGGCUUAAAUAGCUGUUUUUUGUCUCAUAAGAAAGUAUGCAAUUCUACCAUUGAUAAAGGCUAAGUAAGGAUUUGCACAUUUGGUGCAUGAGUCUAGAAAACUGAAUACAAACAGAAAUAAGGACAAAUAUAAUAAUAUAUUGUGUAAUACUUGAAGCAUAUUAUUAAGAGACAUGCUUCGUUCAAUACAAUCCAACGAUAUAUGAAGAACAAAUAGUCAAUAUCUUGCUAGUCUAUAUCAUAUAGAGAAAAAAAUAAAAGAAAACAUUAUGUCGACCUCUUGUACAAGCCACGACAUCAUCUAACGUUGAUCAAGUCCUGUGUAGUAUUGGUGAUAAAGAGUAUUUUAAUUGCAUCAUGACACUUACACAACCAGGCAUUGAAAAUUAUUAAAAUUCAUUACAAACUUUGACAAUGGAACUCUAAGAAUUGUUGAAAAGCCUCAAAAAGUUGAUAAAUUAACCCAUUCUAGUAAACAUGAAAGAGAAGAAAUUUUUGAUCAAGUAGGAUUGA